AUGGGAGCGUACAACGAAGACCUAAAUUUGCCGGUGUACUCCGCCGGCGUUCCGACGGACGAGCCCCGGUUCAGCAAGCAUGUGUACGACAACGUUCAUGGAAAUAUAUAUCUCGAUCCUGUAAGUUUGCUUAAACUCUCUCCGUUUCCUGUUUCCGUCGUUCCUAAUCGUUCUAUGUCAUACGUACUAAUACUCCAUCUUGAUUUGCAGCUUUGUUUGAAAUUCAUUGACACAGAGCAGUUUCAGAGGCUUCGUGAACUAAAGCAGCUUGGAGUGACGAACAUGGUUUAUCCUGGAGCUGUGCAUUCUAGAUUUGAGCACUCUCUAGGCGUCUAUUGGCUUGCAGGCGAAACUGUUCAGAGGCUUAAAAAUUUCCAGGGAAUGGAGCUUGAUAUUGAUAAAUAUGAUCUUCAGACUGUGCGACUUGCUGGACUACUCCAUGAUAUUGGCCAUGGGCCUUUCAGUCAUAUGUUUGAGCGUGAGUUCCUCCCAAAGGUCAUAAGUAACUCGCAGUGGUCUCAUGAGUCAAUGUCCAUAAAAAUGAUUGACCAUAUCGUUGACACACAUCAUAUCGAUGUUGAUGCACACAUGCUGAAAAGAGUGAAGGAUAUGAUCCUAGCUAGUACUGAAUUUUCACAGCUGAGAAGCAAUGCAGAGAAACGUUUCCUGUAUGACAUCGUUGCUAAUGGUCGAAACGGGAUUGAUGUGGACAAGUUUGACUACCUUGUCCGUGAUUCUCGAGCUUGUGGACUGGGAUGCAAUUUUCAGUUUCAAAGACUGACAGAGACGAUGAGAGUCAUGGACAAUGAAAUAUGCUUUCGUGCUAAGGAGUAUCGUAAUGUCCACAAGUUGUUUUCAACUCGAGCUGAUCUCUAUCGAACGGUCUACACGCAUCCAAAAGUAAAGGCAAUAGAGCUUAUGAUCGUAGAUGCCAUGGUGAAAGCCAACGAUUACUUAGGGAUUUCUUGUAACAUUGAUGACCCAUCUGAAUACUUGAAGUUGGACGAUACAAUCCUCAAAACCAUUGAAAUAGCUCCAGAUCCAGAACUUGCAGAAGCUAAAGAGCUGAUUCUCCGCGUUCGCAGAAGGCAGCUGUACCAAUUCUGUAACGAGUAUGCGGUUCCAAAGGACAACAUCGAACAUUUCAAGUCCGUCACUGCCCAAGAUAUCAUCUGCUCGCAGAAGCAUACAAGCUUAACAUUGAAAGAAGAAGAUAUCGCUGUUACAAACGUGAAGAUUGAUUUAGCUCGUGGAAGAGAGAAUCCUCUGGAAUGCAUCAACUUCUUCAAGGAUUAUGAGAGUGAAGAGAAGUUUGUGAUACCUGACGAACGUGUUAGUCACUUGUUACCAACAACAUAUCAAGACAUGAUAGUAGAAGCAGUUUCUGAGGCGUUCGAGAACUUCCAAAUGAGAACGUAUGGAAUCAAAGCUCAAGUCCACGAAACGCCUGAGAAAAAGAAACGGCGCGUGAUGUGA